AUGUCAAGAAGAUCCUCCAAUGUGACACCGGAAAAGAUGGGAAACGAAAUUGACCUCGGAGCUGAAGAGGUUGAAAACCGACCACAAAUUUUCAGCAUUGACCCAGAUGAAGAGAGAAAGGUUGUCCGAAAGCUCGACGCCGUCAUCAUGCCCCUGAUGGCCGUCGUGUACUUCUUUCAGUAUCUCGAUAAGCAGUCGAUCAACCAGGCUGCCAUUUUCGGGCUUCGGGAGGAUCUCCGCCUCACAGGAGAGCAGUUUUCUUGGGCCGUAUCACUGUUCUAUCUCGGCCAGCUGUGUUCGGAGUAUCCUGCAGCUUUCUUACUAUCAAGGCUGCCAAUCGCUCUCUAUGUUGGCAUCACCAUCGUUGUUUGGGGUGGAGUAAAUAUGUGCCUCGCAGCUGUGCACGACUUCGCCGGGCUUGCAGCUACGAGAUUCUUCUUGGGCUUCACCGAAGGCACUGUUUCGCCAGCUUUCAUAAUAAUCACUAGCAUCUGGUACAAGCGGAAUGAGCACCCCAUCAGAGUCGCGACCUGGGUCCCUAUGAAUGGAGUCUCGCAGAUUGUUGGCGCGCUCCUGAUGUAUGGUAUUGGACAUGGGAACCUACAUCUCGCUGCUUGGCGCGCUCUCUUUCUCAUUUGCGGUGCUCUGACAUCCGCCGUGGGGCUCAUCUUCAUCUUCAUGAUGCCUCGAGACACCACAACAGCCUGGUUUCUCGGCCCUCGCGAACGAUAA